AUUGAAGAGAUUGAACGGGAGAUUAUUAAGCAGGAAGAAAACGUGGACCCCGAUUACUGGGAGAAGCUGCUGAGGCACCAUUAUGAGCAGCAGCAGGAGGACCUCGCUCGCAACCUGGGCAAAGGGAAGCGUGUGCGAAAGCAGGUUAACUACAAUGACGCUGCCCAAGAAGACCAAGACAAUCAAUCUGAAUACUCCGUUGGCUCUGAAGAGGAGGAUGAAGAUUUUGAUGAGAGGCCAGAAGGUCGCCGCCAGUCCAGGAGGCAGCUUCGGAAUGAGAAGGACAAGCCUCUUCCCCCACUUCUGGCACGGGUCGGGGGGAACAUUGAGGUGCUGGGGUUCAACACACGUCAGCGCAAGGCCUUCCUGAACGCCGUCAUGCGCUGGGGCAUGCCCCCCCAGGACGCCUUCACUUCCCAGUGGCUGGUUCGGGACCUGCGAGGCAAGACAGAGAAGGAAUUUAAGGCCUACGUUUCUCUGUUCAUGAGGCACCUCUGCGAACCCGGGGCGGACGGUUCAGAGACUUUUGCCGACGGGGUGCCACGGGAGGGUCUCUCCAGACAGCAGGUCCUGACACGGAUAGGAGUCAUGUCUCUGGUUAAAAAAAAGGUACAAGAGUUUGAACAUAUUAACGGCCGCUGGAGCAUGCCUGAAUUGAUGCCCGACCCCAGUGCGGACUCCAAAAAGUCAUCCCGAGCCUCGUCUCCCACCAUCAAAACCUCCACCACCACCCCAGAACCCAGCUGCACCAACACACCCUGUACCUCCAAGCCAGCUACUCCAGCCCCCAGUGACAAAGGCGACGGGGGUGCUGCGGCCGAAAAGGAGGAUGUGGAGACCAAGGAGGAGAAGUUGGAGAAGGAAGCCAAAGGCGUCGAGAAAAUGGAGACCGAGCCUCCCGCGCUGCCGGAGCAGCCCCUUUCCGCCCCCUUCUCAGGGGAGAAGAUGGAGUUGGAGCCUUCGAAGAAACCCGAGGACGAGGCCUCGGUGGGGGCCAGGGAGAAGGAGUUGGAAGCUGAACCGGCGGUCAAGGAAGAAAAGGAGAAAACGGGUAAGGGUCGAUCUGGAAGGUCCCUUCAAAAAAAGAGAGGAGAGAAGGCUCGCCUUGGAGUAUUGAAACCGUAUUCAAAAGUCUAG